UCUCCAGAGUUAGAAAUUCAAAGAAUUGGAGCCAGUCAACCCACGCAAGCCCAAGGCAGCCCGUUCCACUGCCUUAUCUUUGCUUCAGAAUCAGAGCCCACAGACCGGAAAAUGCUCUGCGGGUCGAAUUGUGGGUAUCGGAUUCUUUCUUCUUGCCGAAUCAUCUUCACCGCCUGAUGCAGAUUAUCCAAGUUUCUGGCUCAAGAGCUUAAUCGGCAAGCUCGAUUACACUUUCUGCGAACGCUGUUCGGUAAUCAUUUUCGAUUCAAAGAGCUGCGGUUCGUGGAUUUCAUGGAGCGUCUCUGAAAGUAGAGUGGACGCUGUUUCCUUCCGCGAAUUGAACAGGUUAUCAUGCAUUCGAUUCGGCUCUCGAUUUAAGAGAAUUCUGAGUGCAACCGUGUUGUGUAUCGAUCGAUUCCUCUCGGUCCGAUUCGGCUUCGUGUCCACUCACUUUCAAGAAUUUCUCCGUCGAUUUCGAUAAUUGUUAUCACUGAAUCUACCAAAGAAAAUACUAAAUAAUUUGGACAAGAAAUGGAUUCGGAGGAGAGAACUCUGGUUGAAAUCUUAGAAGAGAACAUCCCAAUCGACAUGGCCAAAUACAUAAAGUUCGUCAGCGUUCCACAAGCCGGCGCCAUCUCUACAUUUUCAGGCACCACUCGGGACAAUUUUGAAGGCAAGACAGUGGUGGAACUGCGGUACGAGGCUUAUGUACCAAUGGCAAUUCGGAGCAUCAAAUCAAUUUGUUCGUCUGCUAGGUCAUCGUGGAACCUCCAUUCGAUGGCAGUUGCGCACCGCCUUGGCCCUGUUCCUGUGGGGGAGAUUAGUGUGUUUAUUGCGGUUUCAGCUAUUCAUCGAGCUGAUGCAAUGGAUUCUUGCCGUUUCGUGAUUGAUGAGCUCAAGGCGUCUGUGCCAAUAUGGAAAAAGGAAGUUUAUGAUAAUGGAGAGGUAUGGAAGGAGAAUUCAGAGUUUAUGGACAGAAGAUUGGAGCUUGGGAAGAAGGGAGCAGAUCAGAACCAAAACGAAGCUGAAUCUCUAAGGCAUAGCAGGAAGAGCUGCUGUGGCUCCAAAAUUAAGGUGAAUGAAGAACACGAUGAAGGUAACCUACAACACAACAUUGGCUAAGAAGGGCAAUAUUUUAGUUUCCUUUCUGAUUCAUUCAGAUGUUAUUGUAAUCCUCGAAUUUUUAGAGCAAUUAAGGGAGAACCCAACAAUGUUUUUCUGGGAGAAGAUUCAAAACUUUCUCCCCCACCCAAUAUUUUCUUUUCUGAUUCAAACAUUAUUGUUAUCCUUGAAUUUUAAGAGCA